CACAAGCUGCCAGUGCACUCCUUAGCCAUGAGAGAUAGACAAACAGACAAACAGAUGGUGGAAGGCAGACAGAAAUCUAGCUAUAGUAGGUGUGAGAUCUUUCGUUAUGCGGGUAGAUGUGCUUCAGUUUAUGGCUGGCUUCUGCGGCGCUCUGGGCUUCUUGUUUUUUCUGCUUACUCUUGGUACAGACUACUGGCUCUUAUCCUUAGAGUCGUGUGAUCCACAAGACAAAAACACAGGAAAACACAGAAGAGUCAUUGGAAGGGAUGGCCUAAAGGAAGACCCGAAUGAUGCUAAAAGCGCAGUACUGUCCUACCAUGAAGGCAUUUUUUGGAGAUGCUUCUAUAAGACAGACAGAGAGGAGGAGAGCAUACUGGAUUUUUGGAUCACCAACCAACCAGCAGAGAAGAUUUGCAUGCCUGCUUAUCUUUCUGAUGAUCCUCUACCUGAGAAAAGAAGAAGCACUUUAAAUGCAGAUACAACUACAUUGCAUAGGACUUUUUGGUGCAUUAUGUCCAUCCUGGCAUUCACAAUGGUUAUAAUCGGUGUGUUUGUGACCAUCUGCGGCAUCCCAACAGCAAACCGCCGCCUUUAUGAAGCUGGAGGUGCUCUUUUCAUAACUGGUGGAUUCUUGCUUUUGGUCGUGGUGGUGACAUUUACAGUGUGGGUGCAGAUCUCAGGCUCUCUGGAGCAUUACAUCCUCCAGCGCAGGUCCUUCGUCUGCCCAAACCUGCACCUCAACCUGUACUAUGGGCCGUCCUUCAUGUUGGCACCCCCUGCAUCCUUCUUCAGUAUUGUCUGCGGCAUCUUCCUUCUGCUCAUACAGACUGCCUCAGCAACAGUGUCAGCAAAUACAGAAAACAAACACCUAUCUGUACAGAAGGAAUGAGAAGCAAGAAUGCUGGAAUAGAAAUAACCAGUCAUUUUGUGGAUGGCACGGACAGUUUUACUUUUCUACUAAUUUUCACUUUCUGAUUCUCACACUGCAGGGAACUUUCAUUACAGAAAUAAUCAGAUAAUAAUCAAAUAAUAAUAAUAAUCAAAUAACUUGAGUAGACUGGACAACUGAUUAGAACUGGCCUAAAGAGCCUAUUUUGGUUACAACAACCUACCACCAGGGUGCAGUAUAGCUUUAGUAAUGCAACAAAAGCUCUCAGGCUGCUAUUUUUUUGCACUAUAACUCUAAAAAACAAGCAAUUUUCAUUAGUUCGGGUAUCCUGUAAGAAUCUGAUUAAGUUAGUAAAUGAUAAAGUUGUAUGCAGUAGAAUAUAGAGAUAAAUCAAUCUGCCACAACUAUACAUAAAAUCAGUUCAUGCGAUUCUACAAAUACAAGACAUAAUUUUAUUUUUUUCACUAUCUUAUUGAUAUGAGAGACACUUCUUAGUGUUUUUCUCUCAGACAGCACAUUCAUUUACAGGAACUGAGCAUAAGGUUCAUUCACUGUUCAGAGUGCCAUGCAAAAUCACUUAGCUGGCCUCUCCCCUGUCGAUAUGUUACUAAACACAUACUCAUAAUUUUAAAAGAUAUGUCACAUUGUUUUCUUGACAAAUGAGUAUAGAGAUCUCUAAAGAAGAGGGGUAGUUGUUGUCGUGUGUGCAAUAGCAAUAAGAAUCCUCUGGAAAUCCUUCAAAAACUUAGACCAUCCACCCAACGACACAGCAUUUGUAUUAAAUGCUGCUGUGAUACAUUCAUCUUUCCAUGGAAUCUUCUGGGAGUGCUGCUAAUUCAUACUCAACUAAUCAUAGUCAAUAUGAGCUCAUUCAUAACAGCUUCCACCUGAGACCAUACAAGGCUUGAGUACAAUGGGGUCUUUAGGUGUUCCAGAAAGUUUUUGAUUCAUACUGAGGCACCAGAACCACAGAUAGGCCUGACCUGGCUUGGGGUGGAAGCAAGUUAUUCUGAACAGCAACAGAAACUAAAAUCUUGGUGUCAGUGAAGAUCCACUUCCAUUUCCAGAUCUGGGAGACCACACUAAUGACACAUCCAGUAUAUCUAACAUUUCAGAAAAAAUAAAAUACAAACA